AUGACUUCUCUGGACAGUAUCCUUGCGGACAAAUACCCAGCCAAGGCUCAUGCUCGUCGGGUGGCCGAGGGCCUUAAGGCGCUUGGCCACAGCGGCGGCGCUAUUUAUCUAGAAGCGCAAAAAACUCGUCUAAUUGAGGAUAACGAUGAGCCGGUGCCCUUUAGACAGCGUCGCCCUUUCUUCUAUCUUUCCGGAUGCCUGCUUCCGGACUCGUCCCUAGUCUACAAUAUUGAUUCUGACCAAUUAACCCUAUUCAUUCCUCCAAUCAACCCAGAUGACGUGAUUUGGUCUGGUCUGCCGUUGUCAGCAGCUGAAGCUCUCGAGCGAUAUGACGUCGAUAACGUCCUGGAGACGACAGAAGUCAAUGCUACCUUAGCGAACAUUGCUGCGUCGCAUGCAAACAAUAGCACUGCUUUUGCUAUCGCAGAGCAAGUGUCCGAAGGUACAAAAUUCGAGGGCUUCUCCGAAACGAACUUCAACGUCCUGAAAGGAGUGAUUGAGAGGACUCGCGUCGUCAAAGACAGCUACGAGAUCGCUCUUCUCAGGAAGGCGAAUGAUAUCUCUGCAAAGGGCCACAUCGCAGCUAUCAAGGCAUCAAAGUCUGCCACCAACGAGCGCGAAAUUGAAGCCGCGUUCAUUGCAACCUGUAUCGCUAAUGGAGCUCGCGAGCAAUCCUAUCAUCCAAUUGUUGCGUGCGGCCAGAAUGGGGCCACUCUUCACUAUGGGAAGAACGACGAGGACUUAAUCGAUCCGGUGACCAACCGGAGAAAGGACAACGUCCUGAUCGAUGCCGGUGCAGAGUACCGCACUUACUGUGCAGAUAUUACCCGUGCAUUUCCUCUCAAUGGCAAAUUCCUACCAGAAACCCGCCAGAUCUAUGAAAUAGUUCUGCGGAUGCAACUGGAGUGCAUUGAUAUGCUCAAGGAGGGUGUUCAGUGGGAGGAUGUCCAUGCGCACGCACACCGCGUGGCCAUUAGGGGCCUGCUCGAACUGGGCAUUCUGCGCGGCUCCGAGGACGAGUUAUUCGACAAGCGAAUCAGCGUGGCUUUUUUCCCGCACGGCCUGGGCCAUUACCUUGGAAUGGACACACAUGAUACCGGCGGCAACCCGAACUACGAAGACACAGAUACUAUGUUCAGGUAUCUUCGGGUACGGGGACGGCUGCCGGCUGGGUCAGUCAUCACUGUCGAGCCUGGUAUCUACUUCUGCCGUUUCAUUAUUGAACCAUUCCUCAAGAACCCUGAUCUGCAGAAGUAUAUUGACGUGGGUACUCUGAAUCGGUACUGGCGUGUCGGUGGAGUUCGUAUCGAGGACAAUGUUCAUAUCACCAAGGAUGGCCAUGAUAAUUUAACCACAGCACCCAAGACUAUUGAGGAGGUAGAGAGCCUAGCUGCCUAGAAUUGUGAUCCCUGAUAGAGCCGCGUACCUCAGGAAAAUGCCGAAAUAGCUUUGUGUCUAU